UGGUGGGCGACUGCUGUGGAACUUGCCAGGAAGUCACCGGGGCCAUCGCAGGGUUAGCCGCUUUGGGAAGGAUAGAAAGGACUCUGGGGUACACGCGCCAAGGCUUAGGGGCCUCCAGCGACUGGCUGCGGUGCGCGGGGACCCUGCCUGUGUGGUGGAAGCUGCGCUCCCAGCUCAGGGCCGGUCACCCAGCGGCACUCAAUAAAUGCUUGCUGACUAGGUCCCGGCCACAACUGGGCUGCGGGAUACAGCCAAAAAAAGUCAGCAGAUGAGCUGAGGAUCCGUCUGAAGAGGGUGUUCUCAGUCCCCAGAGGACGUAGUCUCAGGAACAUUCAGAGGUUUGCCUGGAAGUUCGCUGUCCAGCAGGGAAACCUUGAAGCCCAGGAUGAUCCUGUCCAAUGCCACAGCCGUGAAGCCCUUCCUGACCAAGCUGUGGCAGGAGACAGUUCAGCAGGGCAGCAACGUGUCUGGCCUGGCCCUCAGGUCUCACCGUGACAGUGACAGCGAGCUGGCGGCACUCUACAUCCUUAUGGUGCUUGGCUUCUUUGGCUUCUUCACCCUGGGCAUCAUGCUCAGUUACAUCCGCUCAAAGAAACUGGAGCACUCGCACGACCCAUUCAACGUGUACAUCGAGUCAGAUGUCUGGCAGGAGAAGGACAAGGCGUACGUCCGGGCCCGGGUGCUGGAGAGCUACAGAGCAUGUUAUGUCUUGGAAAACCAGCUAGCUGUAGAGCAACCCAACACACACCUUCCCGAGGUGCAGCCUUCACCAUGAACCCCACAACUGGCUAAAAUUGGACAAAUCCCCCCCGACAAUCUGAUUUUUCUAAUCACAUGCUGCUCCUAUUCUUUAUUGUAUGGUUACCGUUGGCUUGCUUUUGCCUUUGCAAGGGGAAAGAGGUGGAUUCAUGACACUAUUUUUCUAAAAUCACAUUCCUUCUAUAAUAGACUGUCAAGUUAUUCCCCACCAUCUGUCCCUGCCUUGCUAAAUUUAGCAGAAUCCCUGAGCUUGUGUCCCCUAAUAAAUAGAACUACAUUUGCCAGACUCCCUUGCAGCUAGCAAGGUCAUGUGACUGAGUCCGGGCCAGUAGACGUGGAAGUGAUGACUGCAAUUUCCAAGUAAUCCUCCAAAAGGAAAGGAUGUGCCCUCCACUUCCCUUGUCCCCCUCCCCAGUGCUGGGACGUGGAUGAGGUGGUGAGCAGCUUUGGCCCUAGGGAAGAACAGCAGACUCACAGAUAGCAGAACAGUAAGGGUCUGGGCCUGGUGUACCCCUUCAGCAGGUGUACCCAGGGCAAGGUGCUCAGUUACCGCAGGGUCUCCUGACUUUCCUGGACCACCUGCCAGGUCAGACUUAUAGGAAAGAGGAACUCCCUCCACUCUUCCUUAAGCCACUGUUAUUUUGAUUGCUAUUAAAGUGGAAUCAAUAUCUUUACUAAUAUGUCUGCCUUAGAAGACUGAACCCAAAGGUGUGACAUGCCCCUAUUUGUCACAAGUCCACACCACUUCCCCCUGUCACUUCUGCACUCACUGCUGUGGCUCUGUCCUCCUCCUGCCCUCCUGCCUCC